ACACACAUACGUGUGUGUACAAUAUUUAAGUAAUUCUGGAAAGAUAGGAUGGAAUCCUUAGGCCAUCAAAUCCACCCAAUCUUCUUACUUGUAAAGCCUAUAAUGGUUUUCAGGCCAUCCAUUACCCACAAAAAUCACCUGAAAACAACUACCAUCAUACUCAAAAACGGUCAGAUCCAGUGUGGCUCGCUACCGAAGCCGGUUGCCCGGAUCAUGGGAUCUCGUGAGCCGGAAUUGGAUCUACAUGAUUGGAUUCCGCCACAAUUCAGGUGGCCAGAUUGGUGGACCCCACCACCGAAGCCCGGUGCCUAUGCGAUGACAUUGGAAAAGCCAGAUCAGGAGCAAGUAUUGGAUGCAGACCGUUGGAUUUCGCCAGAUCAGGAGCAAGUAUUGGAUGCAGACCGUUGGAUUUCGCCAGAUCAGGAGCAAGAAUUGGAUGCAGACCAUUGUGUUUCGCUGCAUUUUGGAUGGUCGAGUAGGUGGGCCCCAGUAGUGAAUCCAGAAGCCCGAGUCAUGGCGUCUGAUGAGCUCAAUGAGCCCGAUCAGAAGCAGGAAUCGGACCUAGACCGUCGGAUCUUGGCACCAGAAGGGGAUGAUGGGGGCGAAUUGGGGUUGGCUGAGGAGCUGGAGCACUUGGAGGAAGAGGCAAUCGCAGGUGAAGAUGUGGGCCGGGAUGCGAUGGAUUAUGAUCGAAGGGCCCACCUCUUCGAUGAGAGCGCACGUGUCUUUCAGGAUCUCAAGGAACGUGAUGACCACUCUAGUGGGCCAUGAAUCGAUGGUGGGUACUAGUACGUAUGUGUAAAUAUCCAAUGUACCAUAUUAGAAGAUUAGCAGGAUGCUCAGGGCUGUGAAUUGCUCGGGCUGACCCGACAGGCCUUCGGGUUCUGCUCCUCGUUGGUCCGGGCUCUCCUGAAGUAUCUGGCCCGUGGUCGUGUUCGGGCUUAAAGCUCCAGCCUGUUUUAAAAGCAAGCCAGGCUUAGACAUAGCUCACCAAAGCCUGCUAUCCCGGCCUGGCUCGUUAAUCCUUAAGAAGUUUAAAUUUAAAUAAAAAAAUUUCCUCCUUCCAAAAUUUAAAA